UUCUUUCCCCAGUUCCCGCUCCCGCUUCUGCUGCUGCGUAUAUCCCUUAUCCAUUUGAUACGUCCGAACACGCACUAGAUAUUCUUUUUCGCUUUGAUAAAGAUACAGUCUUGAGAGUGAGCCUCAUUUUUGAGGCAUCUUCCGCGGUUCUGCACAGUUUAUGGCGAUUUGAUCUUGGUCGCCUAUCAAGGUAUCAUGUCGCUCAAUCUGGAGAAGCAGCUUCUAUUCUAUGGGUCUUACCAUCAUCAUCCAGUCAACGUCGGUAUUCAUAUAACAUGCGUGCCGCUGAUUUUGAUGACGGCCUUUCUCUUUGGCACGAAUACCCCAUCUUUGCCUCUACCAGACUGGCUCGUCAUUGACAGCCUUCCACCAAAUUUAGGCGUUAUAUCCUCCAUAGUAUAUGCUGCUCUUUAUAUAUUAAUGGAACCAGUUGCCGGAGGCCUUGCAGCACCACUCCUGGUUGGUGGUGCUGCAUAUAUGAACAAGCUCACAUCAACGUACGGCAUGACUGCCAACUACUGGGCUCUGGGAGUCCACAUUGUUGCAUGGAUCGCUCAGUUCAUUGGGCAUGGCGCUUUCGAAGGAAGGGCGCCAGCUUUAUUGGAUAAUUUGGUCCAAGCGUUGUUCUUGGCACCCUUUUUUGUGUGGCUCGAGGUUCUCUUCUUCCUUGGAUAUCGACCGGAGCUUAAAGGGAGACUGGACAAGGCUGUCGAGCAGGAAAUCACCAAAUUCAACAAAGAGAAGGGAGCGAAGGCCAAUGGCACCAAUCCCGAGUAUUGAAGAAAGCGAGGUCAUAAUUGGUGCCGUCAUGACUUAACAUGAUCCUCAAGAGGGCGAGUAUGUAGAGAAUUAUAAUGUUGUAAGUGGAUCGAUGCAAAUAGUAAAUAAUUGUUGAGGGAAAUGCAUUGCGGCUUGAUCAAUAGUACUUGUAGGGGUAGAAGGAAGCGUGGGUUUAUGCAGAGGAUCAAGAUUAGUCGCAAGCGAUGCGAUAUCGAAGAGUUGUUCCUGUUCUCUAUCGUCUAUAUAUAAUGAUAUUUUGAGAUCUCC